AUGGUCGUGUCGAAGGAAGGCAAACGACGGCGUAAGGUUGCCAUUUCGCAAACCGGUCCCGGCGCUGCCACCACCGGAAGCAGUCCGUCGACGAGUGCGGCAGCCGAGCGGGAUCUUUCACCCCCGGAAAUACCAAAGCGACCAAAGGUACACGCACAGCGCAAGUUUGCCCAGGGCCAAGGAACUACCUCGUCGUCCGCUUACCUUAACUCGUACUCUUCUGCGCCACCAACGCCAGCCAAGGAUGCACAGGGUCGUCCAAAUGCGCCUGGGCCUGGAAACGGCUCGGCAACGUCGGUGUCUGGCACCGGAUCCGGCACCGGAACCGAGCUGGUGUCCCAGGUGACCGAACUGUUGCCCAAUAUGCGACCAAACACGGAAGAUUUUCUCACGUUCCUGUGCUUCCGCGGCACUCCCGUCUUACCGCCGGCGUUGGAUUUUUUCAACAAAUCCUCUCCCGCAUCCGGCGGUGGUUCCUCCGCCGCAACGGCCGCCGGGAGAGCGGUUCCAACGAGUGCAACGGGAAGCUCACCGGCUGCAGGUGGAAGCGGCUCGCGAUCAAACGUGACUGGUGGCCGCGCGCGGAAAGAAGAAUCGAGUGCCACAGUAUCAAAUUCGUCCACCGUUUCCAAAGCACCGGCGACGAGAGCCAGCACAGGGCCAGAUAAAUCUACGGCCUCUACGGCCGCUACCGCACAGGCAGCGGCACCAACCGCGACCUACAUGCCCUUUGCGGUGCGCAAACGGGCCGCCGAUCCUCCGCCGGACGUACGGGCGGAUCGGAAGCGGACGCAGGACAAAAUGCAAGCUUUGCGUAAGAAGUAUCACGAUCAGCGGGUCGCGAAACUGCGGGCCACUACCGGUGGCAAGCAGCCGGGCACCGCAACACGGGCCGCUGGCGCAAUGCACACCAGGUCGGGAGCAAGCAGAGAUCGCGAAAGUACGGUCGAAGAGGCUGACGACACGGAGGAAGAACGGCACGGCGGAACAAGGAAGGGCACGCGGCGGAAUCCAAACAAACGCGCCGAAUCGAAAGCGAACGCGGUGGAAGAAGAUAAUGGUGUUAACGAUGAAGAAGAUGAGGAAGACAACGAUGAUGACGACGACGGUGAUCGGAAGAAGGAAGGCGGCGUUGCGAGUCGUCGAAAAAGUGGGCUCCGCAGUGGCACGGUUCCGGCUGCUCAGGCUGCCCAGGUUAAGGUUGCAUCGAAAAAGAACGCCAAAGGAAAGCUCAGUGAAAAGGAGGAGACGAAAAAGGGCGAUCAAGCAGCGCCGGUAAAACCGGGAGCGACGGAGCCACGGAGUAAAAGGUCGCCGCGUCAGGAACCAACCGUCGAUGAAGGUCCCAAAGGGACGGCUACCCGUGCCGGUAGCAGUGCCAGCAGCGGGCCGCAAAAGAAGAGUGCAAAAGUGACCGCAAAAGAUGGGAUGGAUGGGAAGGAAAAGCGCACGACGCGACUGUCGGCGUUACGCAGUCCGGUUCCGCAGAAGCAGCAGCAAGGUAAACGUUCCCCCGAGAAAGAUGCAACCGCUCCCCCCGAGCCGGACAAUUCCUCGUCCGAUGAUGAUGAGCCACUCUCGCGGACGGUGCCCGAAAAACGGUCUCCGGUGGCCGGUAAAACGACCCGUUCCGGGCGGAGUCGCAAAUCGGACCCGAUCGGAACGGCUAGCGGUGAAAGGGGGGAGUCGGGCGAAAUGCCGGAUAAGAAAGCGCGCCGCUCGGAAUCGGCCCUCAGCAGGCGGUCGGAUGUGAGCUCACGCAGGUCGGAGCUGCGUGACCAAAACCAAAACGCUUCCGGUGGGUCUGCGUUGUCGAAAAACACGCGCGCCAAUUCACGGGGAAGGAAAAAGAACGACUCUACAACGGUUUCGCCACGAUCAGUGGCCAAUGAAGUGGCUAACGAUGCGAGCGCCUCUCCGCCCCUAGCAGGCGCCGCUGGUCGAAAGCAGGCACCGAGUAGAAAGAAGCGCGAAAACACUCGCAGUUCACCGGGGCUUACGGGUGCGUCACCGGAACUGAUCGAACGGGCGAAAGCAUCGACGACCACAACUAGCACGACACCGGUCGAAGGGUUUGGUGCUGCGGCACGGCCUUCACGGAAGACGAAAGAGGCUGCCACCCUGUACAUGGAGCUCAUUGGCCGCAGGCUCAAUCACGACGAUAAAUCCGACGAUGACGAUGCGUCCUCGCUGGAUAGUCUCGAGUUGCCGAACGUGCGCAAAUUGCAGCAAAUGGAGAACGAACUGAAGGCAAACGCAGGCAAAACAAAGCAACCGGUUUCCGUGGGCACAGCUAUGGGCGCACCGUCAAAGGCUGCCGCCAAAUCGAAACAGGCUGCGGGCGAAGAGCGAAAAAAGCGGAAAUCGAACGUAAACGAAACGCCUUCCCCCGAACUGGGCGGUGCUAAGGGGGCGGACACCGGAACCAAGAAGCAACUGGAGAAAAGCUUCAGCGAUUCCGAUGAGGAACCGCUGGCGAGUAAGUUUCAGCGCAAGAAGCAGCAGCAACAGCAGCAGCGCAAAGGCAAAGCAAGCGGUAGUGGCGUCGGCACACCGCUAAAACAUUCUGCCGAGGACAAAGCGGAGCAAUCUCCCGGACCGCAAGACGAACCUUCGACACCGACGGGACAGCGGCAAAAACGUGGCACAACGUCCGUUACUUCUCCGGCGGGUAAACACAAUGGCACCACACCAACGGGGACCGGUCCGGCACUCAAAACGCCGGCCAAGAUACCCGUGUCUCGGACCAAUAGUUCCCAGAACUCACCCGCCAUAGGUAUGGUCACCGGUGGCAGUAGCGAUCCGGCGGGAUUACGAAGCCCCGCAACCGAUGGUCACGGUUCGGUACGGCUCAAUCGUUCGGGCGACCAUAACACGACACUUCAAUCGAUAAUGGCCGAAGCCAGUGAGAGUCCCGCGAAGGUAACGCCUGCUUUGCUGAACAUCCCAACACCAAUCACAGUAGCAGACGUGCUGAAAAUUCCCACCUCACCACCGUUUGCGCGGCAAAACGUCAAAUCUUCCGGCGAGAUGGCCGUGCCAGGGCAGCAGAUGCCGGGUGCUGUUAAAACGGGCGCGGGCGUCGGCGUCACUGCCGGACCAUCGUCAGACAUUCCCUUCAAUCGGCCGCCCGCUAAGGGUGAUUUUAUUGCACUGGACGAUACGGACUUUCUGAAGGGUUUCGAGCAGGGCCAACCAUCCGAGCAGAACACGCCCUCGAAGCCAUCGAACUCACUGCUGGGCAAUUUGUUGCCAAGCAAGGAAGAGUCGGAAAAGAUCUUCGGCAUCGCCAGUGUCAGUUUGGCCCAAAGUUCGGGUCCUCUCGAUACAAAGUGUACCCUGGGGAAGUGUGGGUCGGUUCACAAACCUCCACUCGGGCCACCGGUUCUGACCGAAUCGCUGCUCGGCGGUCAUCUGUCGCCCCGCGAUCGUCGCAAGGCGAAAGUAAACAUGACGCACGAGCAGAUCCAGAAGUGGAUUGACGAAUCGUCCUGGUCACCGAUCGAGGACGAUCUGAAGGAAGAGCUCGAAAUCUCGAGUGCAUCCAUGUGCCGAACACCGCCACCACCGGGACAGGCGGCUUGGGAGCGGUUAACGGAUCCGGGUGGACCGGAAGCGGCGACGAAUGAUGCAACGACUAUCCCGCCGGCCACAGUGGCACUGGUAACAUCUACACCGGUUAGUGCCGCAGCGGCCACUGGUGUCGCGGGCGGACGAAGUGGCGUGGAAGAGAACGAUCCGACAGCCGUGCAACAGGUGGUCGGCGGUUUGUCAAUCGGCCAACCGCAAACCGUACCACUCCCGGGGGUAAAACUUUCUUCGACGACGAUGACGGAUCUUCCGACUGCUACGAUCAGCGUUCCGGCUGCGACCACCACGACGGGUGUUGCGGUGCGCACGGAUCUGAUGGCAGAUGGCAAGGGCAGCAAGAUGGGUCAACGGGAAAAUUCCGCUGCCAUCGCGACACUGGUGGCUUCCGCUCCCGGUGGUGCCGGAAUGGAAGCGAUCGAUGCGACCGGCAGUGCCCCAGUGCCGGUGAAAGGGAAACGUGAAGUUAAAGAAACACGUCGAACCAAAGCGGACACAUCGACCCUGGCCACCGCUGCUCCCGUUACGACACCAAAGUCGCAGUCACCAGCCACUUCGGCGACAGCGAUCGAUCGAAAACCGAUCUACCGUUCGGCCAGCGGUCGAACACCGGUUUACAAGCAGCAGCAACAGCAGGCGGAUCUUUCGACAGCAAAAUCGCAGCAACCAUCGCAGCAGGCGACGCUGAUGUCCGUCGUCGCAUCUUCCCAGCCAAACACUCUCCUGCAGUCGACUUCAUCAAAGAUGGCGGCGUCGACCGCACCGAUCGGUGGCGGCGGCAACAAGUUCGGUGCCUUCUCGCCGAUCAACGAGACGAGCGUGUAUUCGUUCGACAAGGAGGAAGAUUUUAUGCCCGUGGCCACACCAUUCCGCAGGCAACAUGGACGCCGCGAGUCGUGCAAUUCAUCGGCCCGUGACGAACCGACAUCCGCGCCGUCGGGGAUCCCGAAACGUGAACCAAGCGUCGGCACCUUUGAUGCAGGAGGUGCCGGAGGCUCCUCAGUUAGCGGUGCGGCCUUUCCAAAGCCACCACAACAACUGGCCGCCAACAGUCCAGCCCCGGUAUCCACGACGGGGCCUAAGGCUUCCGGUCAACAGCAGCCCGUUCCUGUCGCCAGUAAGGCCGACAUCGGUAGCAGCACCCGUUCCCGUGUAACGGCGGCCCACGGCCAGGAGACGGUGGAAGAGGGCCCGAAAACGGCACCAGGGCGGGCACGGGCAGAGCCGGCCCUAAAAACGGAACCCGUUGGCGAUGAGAACGACACGGACGGACAAACAUUUUACAUACCCCUGCAAGGGCCAUCGGCGAGUGCCGCGGGCUUGAAAGCGUCCGACCAACUAAUACAGGGUGUAGCGGUAAAGCUGGGCACCGAAGGCCCGGACGGCCCGAACCAGCGCGUCAUCAUGCACGCCAAGUUGGUGACCAAAGCGGAGAUGGGCACCAACCCGACGACCCUGCCGGACUCGAUGAACGUCCAGGAGUUGGUCAAGAGCCUGACCGCUCAAGCGGCGGUCGGAUCGCCGGGUGGAGCAUUGAGUAAGGACAUGGGCGGCGUUCUGUCGAAGCUCGUUCCGAUCGGUACGGUACAGCCCCGAUUCAAAGCGCAACCCGAAACCGCAACCCCCUCCGUGACGACGGGCGGGGCCGAAAGUCGCACCGAAGAUCGGACCAGUGCCGAACCGGCACCGAACCGAGGCACCGGGGGUCUUGCGCGCAUCAAUUCCAACUCUUCCCUGUCGUCGCAACGCUCGAAACCGACCAAAGCGACCGGCAAACAGCAGACGGCGCGGUCCGACGCGGCCGUGGUUCCACCGCCGCAGCCCGACAACAACACGGCCUUCCCGCGGCGCGACGAUCCGGCCCAGAUGGUCGAGGCGCCGGUGUUUCGGCCGACCGAAAAGGAGUUUCAGGAUCCGCUCGAGUACAUCGAGCGCAUCGCACCGAUCGCGUCCCGGUUUGGGAUCUGUCGGAUCAUACCGCCGGCCAGUUUCAAGCCCGAGUGCCGCAUCGCGGACGAUAUGCGGUUCAUGGCGUACAAUCAGUACGUCCACAAGAUGCUGCACCGGUGGGGUCCAAGUGCGAAAGAGUACGCUGCCAUCAAGAAGUAUCUGGCCACGCAAAGCAUCAACCUGCAGUCGCCGCCCGUCAUCGGUGGUAUGGAGGUGGAUCUGCCGCGGCUUUACCACACGGUCCAGGAGCUGGGCGGCCUAAAGGAAGUGAUCGAGAAGAAGCGCUGGGCGCGCGUAUCGGAAGAUAUGUGCAUCCCGAAAGCGGCACACGAUCGGGUGUCCAAGCUGGACGACAUUUACUGCAAGUAUCUGCUGCCGUACGAUACGCUGUCCCCGGCCGAGCGCCAGAAGUUGUUCGACGAGGUGGAAGCGGAUUGGGCGAAGCGAGAAGCCAAGGCACGCCGGAACGCCGACAAGGGCGUCGGCUCGGAGGUCCGCACCAGCGGUGAGUCGGACGAGGACGAGGAGGGUGAUUCGAACGACGACGAGGAGGAGGACGAGGACGAGUUCACGAUGGAGUGUAUCGUGAAGGGGCGCAACAUGCCGCUGAACCAGUUCUUCCGGAUCGCGCGCAACACGAUGUCGCUGUGGUUUCGCAACGGUGAACCGACGGUGCCGGAGAUCGAGGCCGAAUACUGGCGCCACGUGGCCGUCCGCGAUAGCCACGUGUGCGUACACUCGGGCUCGAUCGAUUCGAGUGCGUUCGGGUUCGGGUUCCCGAGCCCGAAGGUGAAGGGUUCGUCGUGUGCCAAGCACCCGUGGAACCUGAAGGUGCUGACCAACAACAAUGGCUCGAUCCUGCGCUCGCUCGGUCCCGUGAUGGGCAUUACCAUCCCGACGCUACACGUGGGUAUGCUGUUUAGCGCCUGCUGCUGGUACCGUGACCCUCACGGACUGCCCUGGAUCGAGUAUCUGCACACGGGCGCCAACAAGAUCUGGUACGGGGUGCCGGAUGAUCAGAACGCUAACUUCCGGGCGGCCCUGACCGUGCUCGUGCCUACGCACUGCCAGAACAAGACGAUCUGGUUGCCGUGCGAUACGGCCAUGGUGCCGCCCCACAUGCUGACCGAUCGGGCCGUAUCGCUGUGCCGCACCGAGCAACAACCGGGCCAGUUUGUGGUGGUGUUCCCGCGGGCCUACACUUCCAGCCUGUGCACCGGGUACGCCGUAUCGGAGAGCGUGUACUUUGCGACCAAUGCGUGGCUAGACACGGCCAAGGAUGACUUUCGGGACAUACAGGAAAGCUGCGAACCGACCAUGUUCUCCGUGGAGCAGCUACUGUUUGCGAUCGCGAACGAUCAGCGCAGCAACCACGAUACCCUGGCGCAGGCGUACCCGAUGAUCGUCGAUAUCUACGAGAAGGAGAAACAGACGCGCCAAACACUCAAAAAUCACGGUGUGACGCAGUCGGAAAAGAUUGAAUCGAAAAAGAAAACGGUUUCGCUGGAAGAGUUCGAGUGCGAUACGUGCCGUGCCAAUCUGUACCUUUCGCUGGUGAAGGUGAAGGUGACGGCCGAUGACGACGACGACGAUGACGGGGACGACGGCGACAGUGCCAAUACGGUGGACGAAGAGGAGCGUAUCUACUGUCUGAAGCACGCCGUCAAGUAUCUGGCCGAUGGCCAACUGCAGACCAAACACUGUCGGCUAGCGUACACCUAUUCGCUCGACGACAUCGAGGAGCUGCUGAAGAGGCUGCAGGAUCGGAUCGCCAACAAAAAGUCCACCAAAUCCGGUGUCGCUGGUGGUAGCGCUGGUGGUGGUGCCGGUGGUGGUGCCGGUGGUGGUGCCGGCACUGGCGGUGGCGCCGCUGGACGAGGCAAAUCUUCGAUGCAUUUCACGUCCACCUCGUCGCAGUCCUCGUCGUCAUAUCAGGCACCUAGUCAUAGUAAGUUUUCCGGAAUGGCAACGAUGCUAAAGUAAGUGCGGCAGCCAACAAGCAGCCAACAAGUUCGAUUACAUCACGGCACGAAGCGUGUAGGCCUCCGAGAAAAGGCAACUGUGCCAUUCGGGUGUCGGCCUUUACGUCGGUAUCAUAUCAAAUGCAGACCGCGCCCUGGGUUCCGACAUGAUCGACUAGCUUGAAGAGCGUGCAGAUACUGCACAGAAAACACACGAUCGUUCCGUUCCGCGAUCCUCUCCGUCUUCGUUGUAAAUGAACGCCCUCCCGGAAUGGUCCCGGAUCGAAGGUGGAUGGCAGCAGUUUAGUGCAUUAGCAUGUGUUUAGAGCCGUUUAGAGUGCAAUGGGGAAUGCCAGCAAUUAGCGUGUGCGCUCCGGUUACCAUUCCGGAGCUUCCGCACACUACCUACCAUUUACCAUUUGUCGUGUAAUAUUACCGUGUAGAGUUUAUAAACCCCUUCUAAUAAUGCUGCAUGUGUUUAGGUUAGACAGCUUCGCUCCAAGAAUAAUGUCCCUGAAAUCCUUUACUCACCCAGUGUUCCUUUGUGUGGUAAAGCACCAGAAAGGCUAGCCCUGCGAUCGGUCGUGAGAGAGGCCAUGAUCGCCAGGAAUUCAAAGCUAGUAGCAAGAAGCAAAUACGCAAUCGUUUAGUAGCACAACCGUUCCGAAGGCCAAUUCCCAAUCCAUCAACCUGCCUGACGGUAGCUUUAUUUUUAUAACAACAGCAUAUCUACCAACCAACUGGAACUGAAAUGCUCCACACAAUCCCUUUUGUACGGCGCGCUUUACAGUGCCGUUGCUUGGACGGGGCCUCGGUGCGGUGUGUAAAUGUGUAUGUGUGUGUGUGUGUAGUGUACGUGUGAAUGGGGCAUGUGCAGGCCAAACUGGCGACUGGUGAGGCAAUCUGAAACAAACGCAGCAAAUCCUAUCGCUAGUCAUCCCGAUCGGAUAGUGAAUUCGAACCGAGUACCGAGAACAUAAUAACAUGUAACGAAGAAAGUGGCAACCCAAAGCCUGGCAUAUAAAUAAAGCUACGAUGCGUGAUACGAUGAAAACAAGAAUACAAACUCCACGCCAGGAUUUGGGGAACAUUCGGCAAAAAAAAGGAUAACUAAAACAUAAACUAUAAUCACAUAGCGUUAUAUUGGCGGAGGUGAAACAUUGAAAAAGAUAAAAUUUAUUUACCUAACGGUCAGCGGCCCUGUCUGCCGUCGGUUAAAAGCGUAGCCGAACGGUGGACCCCAAGGCGAGUGGCGAGGCAGACAGAAGCAAAUGUGGAGCGUUU